GAGAGAGAGAGAGAAUAGCGCAGGCAGUGGAAAAGCGGCACACUGACACAACAAGGGUGAAAGUGGAGAGACAAUUUUCCGUAAAAGGCGUUACGUAGCCCAGCGAGGUUUUCAUGUUUAUUCCGCUAGAGAAAGAAGGGGCGGCCCCUGAUCUAGAAACAACCAACUCUGUCCCUUGUCCUCUCAUAUGGGUCUAACGGAAGAAAUAGCCUACUAGAAUAGAACAGAGCUUUAGACUACUACAUUGUGAUAGCCUACAGUCCUGUCUGGAGCGAAGCUUUAGAACAAACUAAUAGAGUGAACACAACAAUAGAUCAGAGGAACAGCUCGAGCGCCAAGAUGCCCCUGGCACAGUUGCCAGAUCCCUGGCAGAAGAUGACACUGGGGCGGGCGACGAGCGAGGAUGCCCACCGUCAUGUUCUGGAGGACUCUAUUGGGGAGGAUGAUUCUAUGUCCUGUAACGAAGACGAGAGUGUCAAUGAAAUCAACAUCACCAACCAUACCAAGGAGGGGUCAGAGAAGGGUGACCCUCGACAGUUCGAGCUCCGCAAGGUCCUAGGACAAGGCUCCUUCGGAAAGGUGUUCCUGGUCAAGAAGGCUACAGGUCCAGAUGCAGGACAGCUCUAUGCCAUGAAGGUUCUGAAGAAAGCCACACUGAAAGUGCGUGACAGGGUGAGGACUAAGAUGGAGAGAGACAUUCUGGUGGAGGUCAACCAUCCCUUCAUCGUUAAACUGCACUAUGCAUUCCAAACAGAAGGGAAACUCUACCUCAUCCUGGACUUCCUACGAGGAGGAGACCUCUUCACACGACUGUCUAAAGAGGUGAUGUUCACAGAGGAGGAUGUGAAGUUCUACCUGGCAGAGUUGGCCCUGGCGCUGGACCACCUUCACAGCCUGGGCAUCAUCUACAGAGACCUCAAACCAGAGAACAUUCUGCUAGACGAGGAGGGACACAUUAAGCUGACGGACUUCGGCCUCAGUAAGGAGUCUAUAGACCAUGAGAACAAGGCCUAUUCGUUCUGUGGGACAGUGGAGUACAUGGCUCCGGAGGUGGUCAACAGGAGAGGUCACACCACCAGCGCUGAUUGGUGGUCCUACGGCGUGCUCAUGUUUGAGAUGCUGACCGGAACACUACCAUUCCAGGGGAAAGACCGCAAGGAGACCAUGACCAUGAUCCUCAAGGCUAAGUUGGGGAUGCCACAGUUUUUGAGUUCCGAAGCCCAGAGUCUCCUGAGGAACCUUUUCAAACGCAACCCUACUAACAGGCUAGGGGCCGGCCCAGACGGAGUGGAGGAGAUUAAAAGACAUCACUUCUACUGCACCAUAGACUGGAACAAACUGUUCCGUAGAGAGCUCCACCCUCCCUUCAAACCUGCUACGGGACGACCUGACGACACCUUCUAUUUCGACCCAGAGUUCACCGCUAAAACACCCAAAGAUUCCCCGGGGGUUCCGCCCAGUGCCAACGCCCACCAGCUGUUCCGAGGAUUCAGCUUUGUAGCCAUUACAUCAGAGGAAGAGACACAACCACUACAGACUACUGUAGUACAGCAGCUACACAGGAAUAUGUCCCAGCUGUCAGAAGCAUAUGAAGUCAAGGAGGAAAUAGGACUGGGAUCAUACUCUGUCUGCAAACGCUGUAUACACAAGGCCACUGGCAUGGAGUACGCGGUUAAGAUCAUCAGUAAGGCCAACAGAGACCCAACAGAGGAGGUGGAGAUCCUAAUGAGAUACGGACAACAUCCCAACGUCAUCACACUAAAGGACGUGUUUGAUGACGGCAGGACAGUGUAUCUGGUCACAGAGCUGAUGAAGGGAGGAGAGCUGCUGGAUAAGAUACUGAGACAGAAGUUCUUCUCAGAGAGAGAAGCUAGCGCUGUCCUAUACACCAUCACCAAGACUGUUGAGUACCUACACAUACAGGGGGUGGUGCACAGGGACCUGAAGCCCAGUAAUAUCCUGUAUGUGGAUGAGAGUGGGAACGCUGAGUCCAUCAGGAUCUGUGACUUUGGUUUUGCCAAGCAGCUGAGAGCUGAGAACGGCCUGCUGAUGACGCCGUGCUACACAGCUAACUUUGUAGCUCCAGAGGUGUUGAAGAAGCAGGGUUAUGAUGCUGCCUGUGACAUCUGGAGUCUAGGAGUCCUACUCUACACUAUGCUCACAGGGUUCACUCCGUUUGCCAACGGUCCAGAGGACACACCAGAGGAGAUCCUGGCUCGGAUCGGCAGUGGGAAGUUCUCUCUGACCGGAGGAUACUGGAACUCUGUUUCAGCAGAGGCCAAGGAGCUGGUGUCUAAGAUGUUACACGUGGACCCCCACCAGCGUUUGACAGCCGGCCAGGUGUUGUGUCAUCCCUGGGUCACACACCGAGACCACCUGCCCAAGUUCACACUGACCAGACAGGACGCUCCACACCUGGUCAAGAGCGCCAUGGCAGCCACCUACUCUGCCCUCAACAGGAAUGUUCCACCUGUCCUGGACCCCGUGGGAUGUUCCACUCUAGCCCAACGGAGGGGGGUGAAGAAACUCACCUCCACUGCCCUCUGACCAUUGACAUUUCACCUCAGACUUAUAACCCUGCUGGAGCUCUGCUCAGACAGACAGACCUGGUUCCUCAGAUGACCUGGACAGAACUCUGAUGCACCCGGGACCCCCCUGACCCUGCUCAGUUAUUAACUAACCCAGUGGUCUUCACCCCUGGUGCUGGAGACCAGGGCUGGAACUACAGCCUAUAGCUCUGUUGGACCAGGGCUGGAACUACAGCCUAUAGCUCUGUUGGACCAGGGCUGGAACUACAGCCUGUAGCUCUGUUGGACCAGGGCUGGAACUACAGCCUAUAGCUCUGUUGGACCAGGGCUGGAACUACAGCCUAUAGCUCUGUUGGACCAGGGCUGGAACUACAGCCUAUAGCUCUGUUGGACCAGGGCUGGAACUACAGCCUAUAGCUCUGUUGGACCAGGGCUGGAACUACAGCCUAUAGCUCUGUUGGACCAGGGCUGGAACUACAGCCUAUAGCUCUGUUGGACCAGGGAUGGAACUACAGCCUAUAGCUCUGUUGGACCAGGGAUGGAACUACAGCCUAUAGCUCUGUUGGACCAGGGCUGGAACUACAGCCUAUAGCUCUGUUGGACCAGGGAUGGAACUACAGCCUAUAGCUCUGUUGGACCAGGGAUGGAACUACAGCCUAUAGCUCUGUUGGACCAGGGCUGGAACUACAGCCUGUAGCUCUGUUGGACCAGGGCUGGAACUACAGCCUAUAGCUCUGUUGGACCAGGGAUGGAACUACAGCCUAUAGCUCUGUUGGACCAGGGCUGGAACUACAGCCUAUAGCUCUGUUGGACCAGGGCUGGAACUACAGCCUAUAGCUCUGUUGGACCAGGGCUGGAACUACAGCCUAUAGCUCUGUUGGACCAGGGCUGGAACUACAGCCUAUGGCUCUGUUGGACCAGGGCUGGAACUACAGCCUAUAGCUCUGUUGGACCAGGGCUGGAACUACAGCCUAUAGCUCUGUUGGACCAGGGCUGGAACUAUAGCCUAUAGCUCUGUUGGACCAGGGCUGGAACUACAGCCUAUAGCUCUGUUGGACCAGGGAUGGAACUACAGCCUAUAGCUCUGUUGGACCAGGGCUGGAACUACAGCCUAUAGCUCUGUUGGACCAGGGAUGGAACUACAGCCUAUAGCUCUGUUGGACCAGGGCUGGAACUACAGCCUAUAGCUCUGUUGGACCAGGGCUGGAACUACAGCCUAUAGCUCUGUUGGACCAGGGCUGGAACUACAGCCUGUAGCUCUGUUGGACCAGGGCUGGAACUACAGCCUAUAGCUCUGUUGGACCAGGGCUGGAACUACAGCCUAUAGCUCUGUUGGACCAGGGCUGGAACUACAGCCUAUAGCUCUGUUGGACCAGGGCUGGAACUACAGCCUAUAGCUCUGUUGGACCAGGGAUGGAACUACAGCCUAUAGCUCUGUUGGACCAGGGCUGGAACUACAGCCUAUAGCUCUGUUGGACCAGGGCUGGAACUACAGCCUAUAGCUCUGUUGGACCAGGGCUGGAACUACAGCCUAUAGCUCUGUUGGACCAGGGCUGGAACUACAGCCUAUAGCUCUGUUGGACCAGGGCUGGAACUACAGCCUAUAGCUCUGUUGGACCAGGGCUGGAACUACAGCCUAUAGCUCUGUUGGACCAGGGCUGGAACUACAGCCUAUAGCUCUGUUGGACCAGGGAUGGAACUACAGCCUAUAGCUCUGUUGGACCAGGGCUGGAACUACAGCCUAUAGCUCUGUUGGACCAGGGCUGGAACUACAGCCUAUAGCUCUGUUGGACCAGGGCUGGAACUACAGCCUAUAUCUCUGUUGGACCAGGGCUGGAACUACAGCCUAUAGCUCUGUUGGACCAGGGCUGGAACUACAGCCUAUAGCUCUGUUGGACCAGGGCUGGAACUACAGCCUAUAGCUCUGUUGGACCAGGGCUGGAACUACAGCCUAUAGCUCUGUUGGACCAGGGAUGGAACUACAGCCUAUAGCUCUGUUGGACCAGGGCUGGAACUACAGCCUAUAGCUCUGUUGGACCAGGGCUGGAACUACAGCCUAUAGCUCUGUUGGACCAGGGCUGGAACUACAGCCUAUAGCUCUGUUGGACCAGGGCUGAUGGUGACCACAUUGUAGCGUCUCUCCAGUCUUUGCUUUGGACAAUUCGUGUUGCCUCUAGACUCAAGAGACAAUUGUCAGGAACAUGAAUGUGCUGUAUUUAGAUGUCUGUACUUCUGGGAACAUUUGAGAUACCUGCAUUAUGCAUUUAAGACCCAUAUUAAAAUGAUGAUGAACUGUAUAAUGUAGCUCUGUGUAUAAACCUAAGUAGCCUCAAAGACAGUACAAUAUGAAGAUAGGCUAAGACGGCUUCUCCAAUAGAAAUCCAAGACCACACUUUUCGGCAAUGUUCUGGCGAUGUUGGCUAGCUAAGCUCAUGGGUAGAAACAUGUCAUCGGGUCUAACGGUCGUCUCGUGUCAAAUCAAAGGCACUUCUUCCAUAUCAUUUUUUGGGAAAAUGUGUCCGUUCGUCAAUUUCACGAGGUUGGAGUAAUAACACGCUCAACUACUUAAGAAAUUGGAUCAAUUCUAGGUCGUGGAUUUAGAUUUUGAGAAAAUGAACAACUAAGGAAGAAUGUUUUACUUUUCUCAUUGACUUCACAACCCCCAAACCCUGGUCAGCUUGGUCUGUUUCGCAAGCGUUCACAGAUGUCUAACGAUGUUGCAUCUCUGGGUUGAGAAAAUCUGUGGUAACCUCUUCUGUGACCAAGUCAUCAGACAGGGACAAACCUAGUGAUGUCAUCAGACUGAGAGCAGGUAGAGCUCCACUGACCCCGCCCCCUAUGUAGAGACAAGCUCCUCCCAGUCAGCCACAACAUCCAGAGUGAGGCCAGUCUGGACUGAGGUCCAAUCAUGGCUUUGGUGGGCCAGUCUGGGUACAGCCUGCCCUGUCCACGCCACACCUCAACAUUUACAGACACCAAGGGAAACCUGAUCCUCGACCAGUGUUAAGCAGUGGUUAUCUGGACAGUGAGUCUGUGUAUAUGUUGAUAUAUGCCUUCAAAUGCUCCUCAGGACUCCUCUGAACCUUGUGUUUUCCAGUUCUUAGGUACAUUUGAAAGCAGCAUGCUUGGAUGACGCCAUGAGGAGUCUGUGUCCGACACUGAACUGACACUACUGUUCCAGUACAGCAGCUCAGGUUUCUAGAUGAAAUACCAUGCAUUUUAUAAGUCCAUUAACUGUGUCAUGUUAGCACACAGGUGGGGUGGGAGAGGUCCAUGGAUGUAGAAAUGUGUGGAUAGAAGGGACAUGAUAUUUUAUGCUGAAUUGAACCCUUUAAACCUGCCAUCUGGAAUGGCAUGACACAGUUGUGGAGGUAAUCCAGUAUGUUACUGUAUGGGCCAGCUGGCACCUGCUGACUUCUGGUCAAUCCCUUUAAAGCACUGUCUGUCUAAUUGAAUGAAAAAAUAUGUAGCUACAGUAUCAAUGACUUGUAGCAGUAGUAUUGAAUUAAUGAGCUGAUCCUGGAUCGGUGGACAACUCCUACCUAUCCGAUCGCUCUCCCUCAGCUCUUCUGUAUGUGUUGUAACAGUCUUUCAGGUUCUGCUUGACUGGUAGCAGAGCUGUAAGCUUGUGUGUUUGAGAUGUCUAUAUGUUUUUUUCCCCUUCCAGUUUGAGAGUAGAUGAGAUGUAUUUUCUCUCUCCUUCCUCC